GUAUACUACGGCCAAAGUAGUCGCUUGUGAUUCUCUUCCAUCAAACAAAUGGGCAGUUCCGGUUCCGGCCAAAGUAUCAAUGUCAUCAAGAACCACGACUUCUCUGAAGGUCGGUUACAGGAGUGGUACCCCAAUUGCUGCAAAGCCUUCGUGGUCAAUCCAGUAGAUAGUAGUAGUGGCUGUGCUUAUGCGGUGAUCGGAAAUAGAAAGGAAACAUGGCAGGGCCUGGAGCAGGACAUCACUGGCCGUGUAUCCAAAGGUACAAUUUAUUCAUGCCGGGCACUUGUAAGAGUCGCCGGCAAACUACCGGCGAUGGCUUCUCCAGUUCAGGCCACCCUCAGGCUUACGUAUAAACAUUCCGUUACGUGCUAUAUUUGUAUCGGAAGGAAGUUCGUUACGCCGAACUCUUGGGAAGCCCUAGAAGGCACGUUUUCGCUGUCCACAAAUCCUGAACGUGUCGUCUUUUAUAUGGAAGGCCCCAAACCCGGUGUAGACAUACACAUUAAAUCUGUCUCCAUUUCACCUUCCUCUCUACCCCUAAAAUCCGAUCACACAAUUGCCAGUGAUCAAAAAGAGAAAGAAAAGAUUGAAAGGAGACACGGUCAUCAUCUUCAAGUUGCUAAUAAUAUAAUCCUGAACUAUGACUUCUGCCAAGGAUUUCUUAGGUGGGACACCAACGGUUGUAAAGGACAUGUGGUCAAAGCAGAUUGCGGAAGCUCGUAUGCUGUCAUUACAAACCGCACGCAAUUUCACCAUGGCUUGCAACAAGAUAUCACCGAUCAUGUUUCUAAAGGUUGCAGUUAUUCAGUGGAGGCUUGCGUUAGAGUUUCAGGUAACAUUGUGGGAUUUACAGAUAUCCAAGCCACACUCAGAUUGGAGUACCAAAACCUGGGUGCUCAAUGCCACUUCAUUGCCAGAUUUGAUAACUCUGGUACCUAUUUAAAAAAUGGGGAAACCUGUUUCCGCAAACAAUUGGGAAAUAUUGAAAGGCACUUUUACCUUGUCUACUAAGCCGGAUACGGUAUUGUUUCUUCUUGAAGGGCCUUCUUGUGGAAUAGACAUUCUAGUAAAAUCAGUCAUAAUAUCAUAUGUCUUUCCAUCCCUUGUUUUGUGAUGUGAGGAUGAACUGAACUCUUGAUUUUCUGGUAUUUGUUUGAUGCUCUGGAGUAAUUAUAAUGACUUUCUGAUAUGUUACAAAUCAAUGCAUCCAUGUGUUCUCCUAUAGGUUAUUGAAGUUAUAUUUAACGAUAUUUGUUAA